AUGAACCACGGCAUGGACUUGGACCCACUGAGCACAUACGAAUACCCUUCAUACGAUAGUUACCAUUCAUUAAAUAAUACCCAAACGAACCACCUCCCACCGUACCCAUACCAACAUGUCAAACAAGAAGAAACAUAUUACAACCAACCAUUACAAAACAAUACCGAUUAUACCACCAACAACACACCGCAAACUAUACCUCAAAACGAACCAGUACCACAAGUAAAUAAACCAGAACAGCCCAAUGAAGAAAAUGAAGUCAAACCAGAUGUAACUAAGAAGAAGAAAGAUAAGAAGAACGGAAGGAAUUAUUGCUCACAGAAGAUCAACGAUGCAACAUAUCCAUUCUACGGUUGUUCUGUCUGCAAUAUCAGUUACACAGCAUUACAUGAACUGGAUCAACAUGUAACUGUACAUAAAAAUAGAAUGACAAGUUAUAGGUUAAGAUUAAGAAAUCAGUAUAAGAAGAAACAGAUAAAGAAAGAGAAGAGGAAACUUAAGAAGUUGAAGAAGAUUAAGGUGGAGACUGAAACAGAAAUUGAAAUUAAACCUGAGGAUGGUUAUAUUGGGAAUGAAAAAACUACAGAUUAUGUUAAUAAUGAACAAAAUAAUAUAGUUACAGAUAAAGAUGAAAAUAAUUCAGUUAGUAAAGAUUUAAGUAAAGUAGAUGAUAAUAAUGGUGCUGUAAGCAGUCAGGAGAGUUGUGAGAGUAAAGAUAAGGAUGCUGACGAUACAGAAUUGAAUAAUUUAGAGAAAAUUUAUAAAUGUUUUGCGUGUAAGAAACAAUUUACGUUAAGUUAUUACUUAAAGUUGCACGUUAGAUCUCAUACAGAUGAAAAACCUUACAAAUGCAGUAUGUGCGGUCAGUCGUUUAUAACAGCGAGCAAACUCGGGAGGCACAACAAGCGGAUACACCUCGCUGCCAGAUUCCAGUGCCGAAUAUGUUUUAAAAUAUUUUCUAGGUUUGAGUUGCUAACAAAUCAUUUUGAUAAAAGUCAUCCAGAAGACAAAUUGGAAGGGGAGCCGUACGAUUACAACGCAAUUUUGCCAUAUCUGAAAGAGCUAGAAGAACAGCUGAAGGAACAAGCAGAAGCUAAAGAACAGAAGAAAGAUGACUCUUGGUUCGAAGUUGCAGUCGCUCCGGAGACCGAUGAAGUCAAGAAAGAGGACCAAGAAGAUGAUGAAAAGCUGAUACCCAAGAUAGACAUAAUUGUAGAAGAAUUGAAAGUGGACAGUUUUGAUGAUGUGAAAGUCAAGGAGGAGAUUGAAGACGAUGAGAGUGAGAAUAAACCUGCGGAUGAGUUGCCUGGAGACGACUUCAGAAAUGAUGAUGAAAAUGAUGAUGUUAAAAACGAGGACUUCAAAGAUGACAGCCCUUCCGAUGACGACUACUUCCCCUCCAACACGUGGGCAUCAACACCAAAAUGCGAUCCAUCGCCUCCACCAUCACCAAAACCAAGAAAAACAACCGCAUUAAAGACGAACACCUGUGAAAUUUGUAACAAAGAGAUCAGCUCAGCGUCGUACAUGAGGGUGCAUAUGCGGACCCACACUGGGGAGAAACCGUUCAAGUGUUACACAUGUGGGAGGGGCUUUAUAACGAGCAGCAAGAUGAACAGGCACGUGCUCACGCAUGGAAAUGAUGCUAAAGAAGAAGAAAUCAAACAAGAAGACGCUGAAGUAAAAGAAGAAGAGGAAGCACCAACAGAAGAUGAUAGCAGUGGUUUAAUAAAGAAGAAAAAGAAGAAACGGAAGUUAACUAAGGCGUCGGCGAAAGAAGAGAAGGUGAGGAAGAAACACCAGAAGAGGCCGCACUCUUGUGAAUAUUGCAAUCAGAAGUUCUUACACCUGAAGAUGCUGGAGGUGCACAAGAAGUGCCACGAGGGCGAGGAGCUGGUGCUAAAGUGCCAGUUCUGCCUGGAGGAGGCCAUCGACAGCGCCGCUCUUAAGGAACACGAGGCCACGCACUCGGGACCGAAGCCCUACCUCUGCACCAUCUGCGGGAAGACUUACAAGAAGAGAGAGACUAUGGUGUACCACCGCAAGCAGCACGCUCCGUCCAAGGAGUACGUGUGCGACGUGUGCUCGAAGCGGUUCGGCGCGGCGUGCAAGCUGGCCAAGCACCUCGCCACGCACCGCGCGGGCGGGUUCGUGCUGCGCUACGAGUGUCCCGUGUGCGCGCACAUGUUCAACACGCGCUACCACGUGCAGAUGCACCUCGCCACGCACCAGAAGGAGGGCCUGAUUCUGGAGUCGAACCGCAACGAAGUGUUGGCGAUGGUGCUGCAGAACGCGCUGAAGAUCCCCAAGCAGCCCGACGCGGCCUCCACCUUGACCGACAUCACUCCCUCGGACGAGAGGUACAGAAUCUGCAAGAUUUGCGGCGAAACAUUCCACCACUUCUAUUACUUAGAGGAACACCUCAAGAGUCACGGCUCCAAGAUCGCUAUCGACGACACCAACAAGGCUGAAGAGAAGAAGUACAUCUGCGAGAUCUGCCACAAGGGCUUCAAGCUCCACUACUAUCUCAAGCUGCACAGCUUCACGCACUCCAAGGAGAAGCCCUUCAUGUGCCAGCAGUGCGGCAAAGGGUUCAUCACUAAAGGGAAGCUCAAGAGACACCUGGAGACGCAUUCUGGACUGAAGAAGUAUCAGUGCCACAUAUGCUAUAAGUUCUUCACCAGACCCAGCUACUUGAGGAUCCACAUCCGAACGAUCCACGGGACCCAGGACUACAACUACCGGUUCGACAAGUCCCUCACGCUCUCCGCCAUCUCGGCUCUGGCUCACAUAUCUGACAGACAGAACACAGCGUAA